GAAAGCAGCUCUUGCCAAAAGGUUGUGUUUAGUGAUAUUUGGCAUCUCUUUAAACCUGGAGAUGAAAUUAUGGAGGGGAAACUUCCGCAAGCCUACCGAGUUAUCAGCGUUAAUUCUAAGAAGCAUAGAUUCAAACGACAAUCACGGUGGGUAAGUGAUGCCAAAGUAGCUAUCGAUUAUGGUCCUGUCACUGUCCACUGUGUCUGCAUAGAUUACGAUGGCAAACUCCUUGGCCCAGUUUCGAAGCAUUUCACAAUACAGGAGUAUGAAGGAGAACAGAAUGUUACCUCACUGCCAGUCUAUCCACUUCGUUUCUAUAAAGAGAUGAACCGUGAAGUGCUGGUCGAUAGAGGCAAGCUCUUUCUUGAAACAGCAGGUGUGAAACACAUGCACUGUACAGGACUCACUCUUGACACACGAGACGAAGUUGACAGUCAGGUAAUGAUUGAUUUCGAAGAAGCUCUACUUCAGCACCAAAGUUGGGUACCCUCUAUCGAAAAUUUAGCAAACGCUGCUCCAGACUCAGAAGUGGAAAAUGAGGAAGAAGGUGUCAACAAUUGUGAUUCAAUUUGUUGCAAAUCAGAGAUAUGCCGCAAUGAUUCAUGUGUUGAUCGUAAUCGCAAAAAAAGUUUCAUUGGAAGUCAGUAUUCCACUGUCAGUUGGAGGUAUUCAUCUUUAACACUUGUCCCACGAAGCCUACAAGAGGCUCGAGGUGACAAUUUUCCAAGUCAAGACGAGUUGUUAAUCAUGUCAUACCGUGUGUUUGGCUUUAUUUUACGUAGUCGAAAAUGGGCAAAGUUGAAUCUUGGAGAUAUUACCGAGGUAAGGCGAGUUGACGACAAGAAUGGCUUUGAUCAAUUGGUAUUACCCAAGGGCCAUAAGGAUAUGGUGAAGUGUCUAAUCAGACAACAUUUCAGAGAGAAAGAGUCGAAGUUGGCAGAUAAGGAUGAAAUGGAUAUCGUGCGUGGGAAAGGUAAAGGAUUGAUCAUGCUCUUGCAUGGAGCACCUGGGGUGGGAAAAACUUCCACUGCAGAAUGCGCAAUGCUCUUGUAGCGGUUUUUCUGCGUGUUUUGGAGUACUACGCAGGCAUACUUUUCCUCACCACAAAUCGGGUUGGUGCUUUUGACGAGGCCUUCACGUCCAGGAUUCACGUCAGUCUCUACUAUCCACAACUUAAUUGGAAUUCCACCCUGGAGAUAUUCAAAAUGAAUAUGCAACGGGUGAAAGACAGAUUUGUGAAAAGAAACAGAGAUUUUGAGAUCGACGGGACAUCUAUUGGUGCUUUUGCAAAGAGUUAUUUUGAUGGAAACAGGGAAGGGAGAUGGAAUGGGCGUCAAAUUCGCAAUGCAUUCCAAACGGCACUCGCUCUUGCCGAAUACGAUGCUCAAGGAGACGGUGAUGCUAUAAGUCUCACUGACAACACCAACAAAAAAGUGAUUUUAAAGGGAAGCCAUUUCGAAAUAGUGUCAGAAGCGUACCUUGGAUUUGCUAAUUACCUGAAAGAAGUAAAUCAUGGGGUUGGUGUGGCCAAGAGAGCUCUUGAUAGGAGUUAUCGAGACGAUGAUUUUGGAGAGCCCAAGAGUGCAAGUUGGAGUCGUCUUGAGGAACGGAGAGGGGGUAUUUCGCCAACACCAUCCGUAACAUCAAAUCAACGCCAUCUACCCGAUCACAAUUUCCAGGAUGAUUACCGUCAACAGUUUUCUAGAAUGACGCGGUCAGGUGUACCAGUUAGCAACUAUGAUCAGUCAUAUCACGGUAAUCAUUACCAAGAUCCAGGCUUGAACUCGAAUUUUCUGAACAGCGGAGAUGGACGACAAUCUCGGGCAACGGGGCCAAACCGUGGUAACAACUUCCCUCAAGACACUCAAAGUUUCCGAGAAGACUCCAGCGAUGUGAGAGAUCUUGGUCGGAACUAUACAACCUCGAGUGAGCGUGGAAUGAGGACAGCUGCAGCUCAACACCCCAGUCAACUUCGUCAAGGCUCACAAGCCUGGUCUACAUCUGACAGAAUGGAGAGAAAUAAUAGCUCCAACUAUGCAAGCUAUCCUUCGGGUCCAAACACGUUUGGAAUGGAAAAAAGAGGCUUCUAUACUGAGGAUGAAUAUGACAACCAAUCGGAGCUUCCUAGUAUGGGGGUAGAGGAACAGAGAACGAACUCUGGAGGGUUUCAAAACACAACUAGUCAAGGCUAAGAUGAUUGGAUUGCAUAACCUUACCACUACACUCUCUCGCCCGCUUACUUUAUAAAGCAACAGAAAUAUAAUCUACCUUCUUCUUUAAACCCCAAAAAAUCGUCAUGUAACUACACUAGUGAAACGAGCUCCUCUUCACUAUAAACACCCCUCUACACCAUUUCCUAAUUGUAAGUAUUUGAGUUGCAUUUAGCAACCCAUUCAGUAUGGCUUGCUGCUAACCCAAAUAUAAACAAUAUCCUGCUUA